AUGUCUUCCUCAGAAGAAGAAAUCCUCCUUCUGGGACCAAGCAUCGUCGACGGCUCCGGAACAAAACCAGCAUACAUUGCCAACGUGCUCAUCAAAAAUGGCCACAUUGCCCAGAUCAGCAAUCAAGACAUCCCAACAUCUCCAAACACCCGGAUCAUCGACUGUCAGAAGGGAAAAUUCUCCCUCUGUCCCGGCUUCAUCGACAUGCAUGCCCAUUCCGACCUGUCACUCCUCCACACCCCGGACCAUCUCGCCAAGAUCACGCAGGGCGUUACCACGGAAGUCAUCGGGCAAGACGGAAUCGGAUAUGCGCCUGUCGAUGAUGAUGAUGAUGAUGGUGGUGGUGGACUGGCAAGGAUCCGAAAGCAGAUCCGAGGGUGGAACGGCGAUCUCCCAGAUGCGGAGGCCUUCACAUGGAGAUCCGUGAAGCAAUAUCUGGACGUCAUGGAUUCGAACGGCGGUCGCGCGACGAACGUGGCCUUCCUCGUUCCGCAGGGGAAUCUGCGGAUCUUGGUCAAAGGGUGGGAUUCCUCCCCUGCGACUUCGGAGGAACUGGCGCAGAUGCAAGAGAUCUUGCGCAGAGGCUUCGAAGAGGGCGCCGUGGGGAUGAGUUCCGGCCUCACCUACGUUCCCGGCAUGUUUGCCAGCGACCAGGAAAUCGCUACUCUCUGCGAGACCGUGCGGGAAUUCGGAGGGUACUACUGUCCGCACACGAGAUCCUACGGGAAGGGGGCGUUGCAAGCUUACGGGGAAAUGAUUGCCCUGGCCGAGAAGGUGGGCGUGCGAUUACAUCUCACGCACGCGACGAUGAAUUAUGAGGAAAACGCGGGGCGUGCGCAGGAAUUGUUGGAUCUGAUCGAUCGGGCGGCUGCUGCUGAUGGAGUGGAGAUUUCGUUGGAUACGUACCCUUAUCUCCCCGGUUCGACGACUCUGGCCUCGACGCUCCCGAGCUGGGUGGGCGGCGCUCCGGAUCCUGCAUCUCUCCUGCGCGAUCCCGCCACCUUGGAGCAGAUCCGCCGAGCCGCGAUGGUCGAAGGCACGGAUGGCUGCCAUGGCUGUACACUGCACUGGUCCCUCCUAGAAAUCGGCGGCGUGCAGAACGCCGCGUUGCAAGAGAGAUACGUCGGCAAGACGAUCCAGCAGAUCGCAGACGAGGAGCGGAAAGACGCCUUCGACAAGUACGUGGAAAUCCUGCUCGAGGAUCAUUUCAACAGUACGAUCCUCUCCCAUUCGGGACACGAAGGCAAUGUGAGGAAGAUCAUGCGACAUGCGCGGCAUACGGGGGGCUCGGACGGGAUUCUGACGAGUACGAAACCGCAUCCCAGGGGUUGGGGCACGUUUCCGAGAUACUUGGGGCAUUACGCGAGGGACCUCCCAAGGGGCAGGGAGAGGGAUCUCUAUCAUGCUAGCUCGAGCGAGGUCUACAACGCCGUCGAGCCCGAGGCCAUCUUUUCGGGGGGCUUGGAAGAGGCGGUGGCGCAUUUGACUUCGAGGCCCGCGGCCGUGAUUCGAGUCCAGGAUAGAGGGUUGGUGAAGGAAGGGUAUAAGGCCGAUCUGGUGCUUUUCGACAAGGAAGAGAUCCGGGAUGUCGCGACGUUUGCGAAUCCACAGCAGGCUGCGAAGGGGAUCCGGAUGGUGAUGGUUAAUGGGACGAUUGUUGUGGAUGAAGGGGAGGCGUUGGGUGUGAGGGCCGGACAGACGAUCCGGGGGAGGGAGGAGGAUGGGGAAAGGGUUGUAAGGUGA